GGGAAUAGCGGUUUCAUUUUUGCGACGUAGGGAGAAAUUUGUACCGGUGAUUCCGACCUUUUUUUUACGUGAUUAUCGUUUUCUUUUGACCUUUUCCCGAGCAGUAUUUAUUACAGACGGUUUUUUUUUUAUCUUUCCAGCCUGCUUUUACCUCGAUUUUUGGGACAAAGGAUACCCUUAUAAAUCGCGAUGUCCGAGACACCAUCUGAACCGAAUGUCGAACUCUACACGGAUUUAGCGCAAAGGCCUCGCUCACUUGACAUUAAGCGUCUUCGGACCAAGUGCCAUUGACGCAGAAUGCAGUCAGGCUACGUGCCUUUCUUGACCUUUUGUGGUUACCCAUUACGGCAGCCUGAGAAGGUCCUCUGUGAUUUUUGAUCAAUAUCGCCUAUACAAGAAGGGGUGCUUCUUUCUUUCGGUGCCAGUCGUGAAAAAUUAAACUAAAUUCUCCAUCGCCUAAUACCCUAGCAAUAUAGUCAACGAGACUGCAAUAUCUAGGUACGGUACCUGUCUACAAGAAGCUCCAGUCAAUGGCAAAAUAGCGAUUUUAUUAUACAGAGGCGCCAUACCUAGUCGUUGCCUUUUUGUGCUCGUGAAUCACAAACAAAUCUGACCCAACGCAGUCGUCUAUCGGGAGACUCAGUCACUGAAGCCAAUGCCACUGCUCGUUCCCGACGUGUACUUAAAGGGCCCGAUGCCUCUAUCUUCAGAAUUUCUGCACUGCAGAAGACUUGCGCCAGGAGUUAUAUAUACACCUACCUACCUGUCCAAUCUGAUCAGCUAAUACAAUCCAGCUUUAGCAAACAAGGUAGUACUAGAGAUAACUUUGGAGAAACCUGAUCGAUCCUUCCAAAUACAUACUCCAAAUUGCAUUUUGCCAUGUUGUCACUGCUAGGAAACCUGCAAAGCAGCAGCCGUCCUGGAAAUGCAAACACCCGGCAGGAUAAAAACGCCCUGGGCAGUGAAACUCCCAGCACAGCUUGUCCCGCCGCUAGAAAGACACCAAGCUCGUCAGGGGAUGCAUCCGCAAGCGAACAGCCAGGCUCUUCCAACUUGUACUCCUCUCCCGGGGCAGGGCGAUCCAUCAUGCAGGACCCGGGCCCACGAAACCCCAACUGGCGGUGGCAAACCCGACAGGCCGAGGACGAGCCGAAACCCAACAGUAGUCGGCAUUCGCCGGGGGAGCCCGCAAGCCGGAGCCCCAGAUGCAGCCGUCGCGAGUCGACACUCCACUCCGCGGACGACGGCGACACCAUAGACGUGUACUGGCACAACCUGGCCGCCGACCACGAGGACAGCCCGGGGAUAUUCAUCGGCAUGCGGGACCUGUACGCGGGUAGCGUGGACGACUACAUCCGCGCCAUGUCGAGGUUCCUGAACCGCACGGCCGGGGUGCUCCGCCUGCACUCGGUCAGCAUCUUUCCGCGAUCCGCGGUUGUGGUCGUCGAUACGCAGCUCACGGCCCUGUACGUGCGCGCUGCGAUGAGGUACUCGGGCAUGUCCCCGCCGAACUUGUAUCACAUCCCUGGCUUUCAGGGUGCGGGAAGGACCUAGGGUCGUUGGGUGUGUGUGUGUGUGUGUGUUUUUUUUUGUGGGUGACUAGUUGACAAUCUGUGUGUUAAGUAGAGCGAUAUAUGAUAGAUUUGCUGAGGAGUUAUCCCUACUCAUCCAUUUGAACAUAUUCUGUAUGUUAUAUUGGUUAUGUGCUUUCUUAAGUUGUGAAUUCAUUUUGCGUUUCAGGGGAUUACCACACAGAU